UCCAGCACACUGUGUUUGCACACUGUGACCUCAACACGGUCCAGAUGUUUGUGACUGUUGUGAUGAGUAAAUGGUCAGAUAAUCACAUUCUUGUCUGAGUUGCACUUAAUCCAAGACUCUGGUUUAAGAUUUUAUUUUGUUUUCAUUUAUUUGCUUGUAUUCUAUGUAAAUGCCUAAACCUGUUAAAAUGUUUUUUGAGCAACUGACAUUAAGCUACAAUUUAAAAAUCUGUCUCAUACUGUGCCAGUCAGAGCCUCUUGUGGUUUUUAGAUGUGCAUUUACUUCAUGUCCUUAAAUUAACUGGGACUUCCAUUUUCUGCUUUCCUCUGUAUGUGUUUCUUAAUGUGUGUUGCUGCAACUUGGCUAAACCAGAAAACCACAGUAUUUUGGCACACUGUUAUGAAUUUAGUUUUUUCCAGUGUUGCAUAAUCUCUCACAGAAGAUCCAAUGAUUUCUCAGAAGAAGGCCAUGUUUGAAACUUUUGCACAAUAUUCCCCAAAGUAACCUUUCCAUACACAGCAGAGACGGAUGUACCUCCCACCUUUGGAGUUUCCAUGGAGUUUCCCAGUUUAGGCAGACUUCAGCCUGAGCCAUGGGAGGGGAUGGGCCAAUACAACAACAAAAUCAAGGCCGAAAAAUCUGUCAGUCUAAUGAGCAAUGAGUUACAAGACGGGACACAUGGGCUUGAUGGGCACACAGUUGAUUUGCUGACACUGUUUUUAUACAGAAUUACCCAGAAGAGCUGUUAUUUUGAAGACUAUUACUUUGUUACAUCUGCCUUGAAUCUGGACACAUUCUGACAAAAAAGCUGGUGGAGUAUUUUGUUCUGUCAAAAUCACCAGAGAGACCAUCACUGUUUGUGUGAGACUGUGGCCAUGUCGGCUGACAGACUGAGCAACAUGUCAAAGGAAGUGAAGCCAGAGAGUGUGUUGCUGCAUCCUCUGGGCACAGCAGCUACCCCUGAGCAGGAGCUGCUGUGUAUCUUCGGGACGGGGGACUUAGGGCGCUCUCUGGGCCAGCGUCUGCUCCAGUCUGGCUACAGGGUGGUGUACGGCAGCCGCAGACCUCGCAGCUGUGGCCCCUUGCCUCAGGGAGCUCAGGCGAUGAGCCACGAGGCAGCAGCCCAGUUAGCUGCUCUGGUCUUCAUUUGUAUUCACAGAGAACACUAUGACUUCCUGGAGACACUUGCACCUCAACUCAAGGAGAAGGUGCUGGUGGACGUCAGCAACAACCUCAAGAACAAUCUAUACCCAGAGGCCAAUGCUGAGUAUCUGCAGAGGCUGAUCCCUGGAGCUCAUGUGGUGAAGGCUUUUAACACCUUGUCUGCCUGGUCCUUGCAGAAUGGACCCUCCGAUGCCAAUAGACAGGUGUACCUGUGUGGAAACAGUGCUGAGGGGAAGCUGACAGUAGCAGAGGUGGCCACCAAACUGGGCUUCACUGCUCUGGAUAAAGGGUCUCUGUCAGCAGCCAGAGAGCUGGAGGACUUCCCCCUGCAGCUUUUCCCAGAGUGGAGGCUCCCGCUACGUGUGGCCUUCGGCCUCACUGCUUUAUUCUUCUUCUACGUGCUCAUUAGACAAGUCAUCUACGCGUACGUUGUACAGGGGAAAGACAUCUCCUUCAGAAUCAUGGUGUCCUUGGCCAACAAGGUGUUUCCUAUUGUGUCUCUCAUCAUGUUGUCUCUGUGUUACCUGCCUGGUGUCAUAGCUGCCUUCCUUCAGCUCUACCGAGGAACCAAGUACAGGCGUUUUCCUGACUGGUUGGAUCGCUGGAUGCUGUGCAGGAAGCAGCUGGGACUGGUGGCACUUGGCUUUGCUUUUCUACAUGUGCUUUAUACUCUCGUCAUCCCCAUAAGAUAUUAUGUGAGAUUCAGGAUCGCUGACCAUACCAUCUCACAGAUCAAAGAAAACAAAACGUCAGUGUUUGACACCACCACGGCCUGGCGAAGUGACUCUUACUACUCCAUGGGGAUUCUGGGAUUUGGCCUGUAUCUCUUGUUGGGAAUAACCUCUCUCCCCUCCGUCAGCAAUGCUCUCAGCUGGAGAGAGUUCAGCUUCAUACAGUCAAAGCUGGGAUACCUGACAGUGUUCUUCUGUACCUUUCACACCUACUUGUACGGAUGGGACAGGUUCCUUAAUCCCUCUUCCUACAAAUGGUACACUCCUCCAGCCUACUUGCUCUGUCUGGUGGUGCCUUCUUUGUUGAUUGUGCUCAAGCUGCUGCUCCUCCUGCCCUGCGUGGACCGCAGCCUCAUCCGCAUUCGACAGGGCUGGGAGAGGAAUGAUCCAGAGGACGGCAGUGCGAAAGCACUGCUAACAUAGAGACUAUCAAAAUUACUGACACAAAACAAUGAGGCACAAGAAAAUGCAGACACAAAGACCUUUGGCCUUCCAAAAUCAACAGGUAACCCAGGGUCAUUGUUUUGGAUGCCAAAGACAACUUACAACAGCAGAGACAAAUGACUGGAACUCCUUUCAGUGUCUAAUUCUGUAAUCAUCUUGUAAUUGUUACAUUUUGUACAUAGUAUAUGACGCAAUGGCAAUGUGUAGGUUUAUGUAAAUACCCUGGAACAACUUAAAGAUUAAAGCAUUAAAGCAGCCAUACAGCAUUUUAACACCAGUGUUUCAUAAUUUCACUAUACCCAUGUACAUCUAGAGUUAUUACAGCCUCUAACUCUGAGACAGGCGACUUUGUUGCAUUUCCCAAAACAUCAGCAGCAACAGUUUGACUUUUAUAUCUCAGAGUUUCUCUUCAACCUUCCUCUACAGUUGUAUUUUCUUUGUAUUUUUUUAAUUUGUAUUUUCUUAUGCUGUAUGUCAAAUUGAACAACUGUUCAAUAAACUUAAGCGUGACUGAACAUAA